UUGAAAAAACAAAAGGACAAGCGUGAAACCCAUUCUGAUAAAAAUCAGCCUCUCUUCCUUUUUCUUUCUUCCUCUCUGCCCCUUUUUACUCUUUCUCUAUGUCCAUCUAUAGCCAUUAGCCAACUCUACACUUCUUAUUAGCACUUACCCUAGGGAAAAGGCAGAUAGAUAUAGCUGAGAGAUAUGGAACUCUCAACCAGCUUUUCUUUAUGGAUGUUUUCUUUUGUAUAAUGAUCAGCUAGGUGGACCGAAAACCCUCUUCUUCUUACUGGAAGAAGAUGGCUAUACAACAACAUGAACAGCAAUACUCACAACAGCAACAAGAACAGAACCACCCUUCUUUCUUGCUAGAUGCUCUCUACUGUGAAGAAGAGAAAUGGGAAGAGGAAGAGGAUGAAAAUGAUGUAGGUGAAGUUUUACAGCAAGAGAUGAGUUCCAGGAGUUGUAAUAAUGCCAGAAACCCUUCUCUUUUUCCACUUUUGUUGUUGGAGCAGGAUAUGUUUUGGGAAGAUGGUGAGCUUCUUUCACUCUUCUCUAAAGAAAAACAGCAACAGGCGGCUUAUCUCAAUCCCAACAAUGUGGAAACUGAUGAGCCUCUCGCUGUGGCUCGCCGUGAGGCUGUGGAGUGGAUGCUUAAAGUCAAUGCUUACUACGGAUUCACCACUCUCACGGCUGUACUUUCCAUUAACUAUCUCGAUAGGUUCCUAAGUAGAUUUCAUUUUCAAAGAGAUAAGCCCUGGAUGAUCCACCUUGUGGCGGUGACUUGUCUGUCUUUGGCUGCAAAAGUUGAAGAGACACAAGUACCUCUUCUUCUAGACCUACAGGUUGAGGAGACAAAAUAUCUUUUUGAGGCCAAAAAUAUUCAAAGAAUGGAGCUUUUGGUUCUCUCCACCCUGAAAUGGAAGAUGCAUCCAGUUACCCCGCUUUCAUUUCUUGAUCACAUCAUAAGGAGGCUUGGAUUGAAGACUCAUCUCCAUUGGGAGUUUCUCAGGAGAUGUGAGCGUCUCCUCCUCUGUGUAAUCUCUGAUUCAAGAUCUGUCCAUUAUCUUCCCUCUGUAUUGGCCACUGCAACAAUGAUGCACGUUAUAGGCCAAGUUGAGCCUUUCAAUCCCAUUGACUACCAAAACCAACUUCUCAGUGUUCUUAAAAUAAGCAAGGAAAGAGUAAAUGACUGUUGCAAGCUCAUUCUUGAUCUAUCAACAAGACCCCAAAACAAUGCAUAUAGCAGUAAUCCUCAUCCUCACAAGAGGAAGCUGGAGAUGGUUCCGAGCAGCCCCAGCGGUGUGAUUGAUGCUGCGUUUAGCAGCGAUUGCUCAAACGAUUCUUGGGCUGCGGGGUCGUCAGGCUCAGUCUCCUCAUCACCAGAGCCACCCUUUAAGAAGAGCAGAGCCCAAGAACAAGGAAUGCGUUUGCCAUCACUCAACCGAUUCUUCGUAGACAUCGUUGGCAGCCCUUCUUAAUCUUUCUGUGUCCAAAAAAGAUCUAUUAUUUAUUAUGCUUAUGUCCCUUUUUUGGUUCAAGAAAUCAAGUAUUUUUAAGUUCCGAAGAGAAAAAAAAAGAAAAAGAAAAAAAAUCUGCUUUGCCUUCCCAUCUCUACGAUUCCAAGAAUGCCCCGAGUCUUAUUGCAAAGUUAAGGAAGGGGGGGUGGGGUGGGGGGUGGGGGGUGGCACAGAGAGUUGUUGAGACGGGUGGCAAACUAGACAUAGGGAGAAAAAUGGAUUAGGGGAAAGAAAAAAGGGGCGCAUUGAAGAAUGUAUGCAGUCUGCUUCUCUGUGUGUGAAUGUCUUUGGCAUUUGGCACCUCUAUUUUUCAAUCUGCAAGUGUCUUUUCAAAGCAUUACUUUUAUAUAAACAUUUAUAUUUUAAUA